CUGCACAUUAUUUUACAUUCGGAGCGACACCAUGACUUGUAACCAGAGCCAUCCCUUCCAACAAUUGUUAUCCAUGGAUGGAGCUCAGCAGCAGCAGCAGCAGCAAUAUUACCCUGGACGACUACCAAGGGGCCGAAGGGUGACAGGCGGCGGCGGCGGCGGCGGCGGCACGGGUCUCAUCCCCAUACUCGCCACCACUGUGGUCCCACUGCUCUUGAUGCUGCUGUUUGCGACACUGGGCGUCUGCGGCUACCUGAUGUACAACACACAGACGGAGCUGAGGGAUUUGAGGAAGAUGUCACAAGAAUUCAAGCAAGCACUGGAGUUGGGCAGAGCCAAGAUGCAAAUCUGUUUGGAUGAGGCUGGAGGAAACAAAGAGGACAAGAAAGAGAGCGAAGAAAAGGCUGCAGCACAUGUCAUAGGGCAAAUUGAAAAAGGUGUCUUCAGCAAAACACUUCGCUGGGAGCCGGAUGUGGGUGCUGCGUUCACCAGUGGCGGCGUGGCCUACCAGGUGGUGGACGGCGCCUUGCGUGUCAACCAGAGCGGACUGUACCAAAUCUACUCGCGGGUGGAGCUCAUCUUCAAGCAGUGCUCGCCCACGUCCUCCUUUUUCCACAUGGUGUUUUUGAGGAGGUCGUCUGGGUACCCCGACGUGGCCCUGAUGGAGGCCCUCAAGGCCGGGUUCUGCUCCCAGCGGAAUGAGCUAAAGCAGCAACACGCCUGGACCGCCGACAGUUACCUGGCGUCGGCUCUGUGGCUGUGCCAGAACGACAGGGUCCUGGUCAACGUGUCGCACCCCCAAUAUCUCAGUCACUCAAAUCAUGGCAACUUCUUUGGUCUCUACAAGAUCUGAUUGGGACACUUCAAGUUCAAGGUCUCAGGACACCACAUGGGUGGAUCACAGACUGUCACAGUGAAGACAAAUCCCUCCAUUGAUGCCCAACUAAUGUGAUGUGUGUAACAUCAUAUGUACUUAUUCACUGUGUUAAACACAACCUUUUAAUGAGUGUAAAUAACGAUGGAUUUUUUUCUGUAUUAAAGCAAGGGUGGGGAAACCGUUUUUCCUACCAGGCGUCAUUCAAGUUUUGUUUUGAUUUUGUUGUUUUGUUUUUUCCAUUGUACAAUAAAACU